AUGAGACGCGAAUCGAACUCAUAUCCCAAAACGGGCGCAUGGAAGGAGAUCCGGUCUCAGCUUUUGCCAGCUGUGAUCACUAUGUCUCUCCUCCUUCAAGUUCUUUUCUUGGUGAAUAUGUGCUAUCUUUAUGCAACGCAAUUCCGCAGUACCACCCGUUAUCACAACUUCAAUCUACUUUACGUGGACUACGAUGGCGAUAUGAUCGGCAACUACGAGGAGAAGGGUUUCCAACUUUGGUGCCUGAAUCCCUUGUCGAAUAUCCCCAACCAGAGAACAUUCGAGAAGCCGUAUGCCGCGGCGACUACUGGGGGGGCUAUCUACACAACUGAACGUGGAUCAGAUGGCCUGGCAUCGGCACUGGUAAACGGGUCCAGCCCACCGAUCUCACUCACUUAUAUCUGGAACGGAGUCAGAUACCCAGUUUUCUCGCAAGCCGCGGUUUACUCCAACAUUUUGAAACUGAUCGCCACAACACGGUCAACAUACUACGCCAACAAUGGAUCUUCAGUCGUCGCGUCCGCGGACCUAUCUAAUGCAGCCACCCUCGAAGCGUUCCUCGACCCUAUCCACGCCGAAGAAAUCAACAUCAAGGGCACGGAACAAGGUACAAGGGUGUUCUACAACACAGUAUCCAUGGUGAUGCCAAUCCUCCAACAGUUCUUUUUCAUUUUGGCACUGAACGGGAUAUCAACCCAUUUCGACGCGUUCAGCAAAUUGUCCUGGAAAGCCAACGGUCUGAUCCGCGCCAUAGCCUCCAUCCUCUAUACCCUUACAGGAUCACUCUUAAUGGCCGGCUAUAUCUGGGCCUUUAGAGAGUCGUGGGGACAGCGAGGAAGUCAGUUCGUGUUAACUUGGAUCAUUAUGUGGCUUCUGAUGCACAUCAACUUCCUGUUUUUCGAUAUCACGACUGCUUUCAUCCCGAUUCAGUUCAUGCCGUUUAUUGUUCUGACUUGGGUCAUUCUCAAUGUCGCCAGUACUAUCAGUCCGUUUGAGUUGAAUCCGGGUUUCUUUCGCUGGGGCUAUGCUCUUCCUUCCCAUGAGGCAUACCAGGUCCUGAUUCAGAUCUGGUCUGGUGGGUGCAAUAACCGGCUCUAUCGUGCGCUUCCCAUUAUGUUCUCGUGGUGGAUUGUUGGUGUCCCUAUUGCAGUGUAUGCGAUGCAACACCGUUGUAGAACUGCCUUGGCUGCCCAGGAACCCUUGGAUCGUGCAGGACUGGAAGGUGGUCAGUCUAAAGUUAAACAUGCGGUAAUGAACGAGAUAGUGAGGCCAGUUGGUAGCUCACGUCGCGGAGUUACGCAAAAUGGGGAAUCAGUUGAGGCUACUCCUCUUCGCAAUAUUGCCUAA